CAAGAUGAGUAACUAGAGAAAUGCCAUUUGGAAAAAUGAUAAGAAAGCUGCCCCGGAUUUCCUCAUCUCAGCCCCAGACUCCACCUGCCCAGUCUCCCCUCAUGCUCUCGUUUUCCAACCCACCUUCCUCUCCUGUCUAACUCUUAAGGCUCUCAGACUGCUCCCCAGCACCGUCUACCUCUCUCAGCUUACUGCCCUACCUCUUUCCCUCCUCUGACUAGAGCUAUCCCUUCUUGCCACCCUACCUUACAGAUUUCCCUGUCAAAAUCUUCCUCUAUUCCUUCCAGACCAUCCAUUUGCCGCUCUGUUCAUCUCGCUCCUCUUUCCUAUUAGUCCUUUGUCUUUGCUCCUACUCCUCCUUCCAACCCUUCUUUCUAGAUCUUUGGAGUCUGGUCCUCACCAACAUUCCAGCCAACCCCAACUAGACCUCUGUGAUUCACAAAUCUUAUCCCGGAGAGAUUAUUUCCCUGUGAGUGGGACAGUUCUGAUGCCAUCCAGCAUUGCCAGAACUGUGAUCUCCAGGAGCCUGACCUGGUGAGUGUUGGGAAUUCAAGAGAAUGCCAACCAACAUUCAGGUUGGAAGCCAGCCUGAAUGAGCUUCUACAUUUAUAACUGGCUUCUCCAUGGAACUUGGUCUGUGACCACAGAGCAAACAGCAAGAUCAGUGACACAAAGUAGAGAAGAGUGAGUGGAAAACAUCUAAUCUGAUCUCUAGGCAGUUGAUUUCCCUGUUAGUUGAGUCUCAACAACUGCUCCCAAUUGAGAGGUAACAUAGAUUUCAAGAAAAAUCUGCAACCCCAGACACUGGCUGAGAAGCUGGAGGACCAGGCCAUCAUGUUUUUCAACUCUACAGUUUUUCAAUACAGAGUCUCAAGAGUUUAGAAGCACACUGAUGGCCCGGAAUGUCCCCCAGGAAAUGACUGUCCAAGGUGAGGUCCAAUCCAGUCCAUUACCUCCUGGGUCAGCUGCUGGACGUGUGCCCUCUCCUGGUGGUAUGCAGGGGCCGUCCUAGUAACCAGGAUCUGGAGAGGCUGGGGAAGCGUGGGACGCCGUUGCCUGGAGAUGGCGCUCCGCCCUGUCCCCCAUCUCCCCAACCGGGCCAGCGUCCGGAGGGCAGUGAGAAGGAGCAGGACCGCACCCGGCACCGCCAAAGCCAUGGCCGGACGCCAAAAGGAGAAGGUGAUCCCAGAUGAGGUCCACCAGAACCAGAUCCUGCGGGAAUUAUACCUCAAAGAGCUUCGAACCCAGAAACUCUACACACAGUAUCACGCGAAUCCCCUCCGCAAGGUUCACACAAUCACCAGAAAGCCCAUGUCUUGGCACGAUAACCUAGAGGAACCCGCAGAUGCCAGGUUUCUAAAUCUUAUCCACCGUGCUGCUCAUGGGCCAAGGGAGAAAUACGCAGAGACACAGACUGAAAGCCAGGAAAUCGGAUGGGACUCAGAGCCCUUGGUUGUGCAAGGAGACACACUGGAGGCCACACAUUCGAGCCCAGGUCAACCCGGAACGUGAUGACCGCAGGCUGAACCACUUCAGGGUCUACAAUGAUAUCACGCUGUACAAGGCUAAAAUGUGGAGCUUGGGAGAGGACGAUCGCCACAAAUAGUCUUCCAGUGCUGACACGGCCCUGUCUUUAAUACCCAACGUGUGCGCUGCUCGGAUGAAUAAAGACUACUUUCAAGCCUUAGUCUGACUCUUCCUAGCUGAGUCUCACAUUUCUGCUUUCUGUCCAUGUCUACUGCUUCAAAUUCUUGAUCUUAUAAACUAGUGGCAGAAUUUCAGGUUAAGAUGCAUACAAUAUUCCCUCUGCCUCCCCAGACCCCAAUAAAGGACAAUAAAGAGACAAAAACGUAUGAGCACACAACAGAGAGAAUGGGAGAGGAACGUCAGCAUCCAAGAAGACUGAAGACAUAUUUCAAAGAUGGAAAGCUGAUGGAGGAAGGUGAGGAAACCACAAAUAGAUCACACUGAAUGGGACACCUCAGACCACAGAACCCUGGAGAAAGGUUCAGGACUUGGAGAGGAGGGGGUGUGAAGCAGGGAACUGAAAAUGGACGUUGGGAGGGAGAUCCUCUCCCCACACACCAGCCAGGCAUGGAGCAUCUCCCACACUGGAGGUCUACUCUUGGAGAAACAGGGAAAGCCCAGGGCUCAGGGCCAGCGAAUAAAACACAGGGUAGGAGUGAGGGAUGAGGCUACAAGCAAUGAAAAUCUGUCAAAGGAAGGCUGAACCCCUAGCCCACAUGUACAUUGCGUUUCUACCCUGGGAUCGAAGCUGGCAGGUUCCUCUCUGGAAAAAUGAAAUGGCUCUGAAGAAAAGCCCCCCGUGUAGUACCAUUGGAAGGUCCCAUGGAGAAAGAGGCACAGAACUCCGGGCUGGUGAGCGCAUGGAGGUGCUGGGAGUGGGGAGCGCCCCGUAGCACCCGGGAGCCCUGCGCCCACCCACACCUUUCUCCAUGUAGCUCUUGCAUUUGGCUGUUCCUGAGUUACGCCUGAGAGGGUGAAGCCAUAGAUUGAUUGAUGUGAUCACUCCUGCUUUUGGAACCUGACAAGAUCGAAUGGAAGUCUGCAAAUCUGAGUGACCUUGCCCCGGGAGACAUUUUCAUACAAUAUGAUGAAUGAUUGGGCAUCUAGAAAUGUGCCCUUUUGCUAUAAGGGAUCUGUGGUCAAAGACCAGGAGGUGACCUGUGCUAUCACAAAUCUAUGACUUUGUCCCCAGUUCCUGACACAAAGCUCUUAAUCCCAUGUCAUUUCCUUAGAGGUGAUAAGGGCACCUUUUAUUCUAACAAGGCAACUCUUAGCAGCCUCUAGAUAGCUUCAGAAUGGGGGCUGCUCACCAGAAAGACCAAAUCUUGAUGAGAAACUUGGAGGUUUAGCCCCACCCCCCACCUCUGGGGAGGGAAGAGGGACAGAAGAUGGACCAUCAACAGUGGUUAGUGACUUAAUCAAUCAUACCUACAUAGUGAAACCUCCAUUAAAAACCCCUAAACUCAGGGUUUGGAGAGCUUCCAGGCUAGUGAACACAUCAAGGUGCUGGGAAGGUAUCAUACCCGAAAAAGGCAAGGAAACUCUGAGCACCCUCCCUACCCCCAUACCUUUAAAACAUUUUGUCAAAAUUUAUUAAGAUCCCCUUGCAUGAUUUCAGCAAGCAGCUCAUUUUUCUGGUCCUGCACUACUGAGCAAAAUGAGGACUGCCAGUGUACAGAGUAACGGCUUACUCUCUUAUGUUGAAGAAGUGAAUGUGCUGUAUUUAAAGGAACAGACCUGCAGGAGCAGGGACGACUUUCAGAGCCAACAACUCUGUGAUGAAGAAGAACCAGGGACCUGAUCUAUUUUCUAAUUUAUACUAGAAUCAGAAUUAGCCUGACAUCUCUGCAUAUCAACUGUCUGCCUUUUAUGCUUUUCUCGAAAUGCAAUAUCCAAGAUGAUGAAGAGAUUUUUUAAAGUUCAUCAAAGUACUAAAAGCUCCUAUUGUUAAAUGCAUAA